CUCACACCAUCGGUUGGUAUGGCCACGAAAGCGAAAGUUUAAAAAGAAACUUACAGUUGGCGUAUAUGAUUUUAAUGGUUUUUUAUUGGGUAACGGGUUUUGGAUGAUGAUCUGAUUUGAGACGUGUAGAAGAAUGGCUUGUAGACGCAAACGUCUCCACUCUGGUGAAAUAUCAUGUUACCAUGGACAACGGCCAACUUCUCCUGACUUAGCCAAAGCUGAAGAACUUUUCAAUAAGAAAUAUGAGUUUUAUCAGGAAGCAGAUUGGACGUGGAGAGUGGUCUCCCCUGAUGACCUCCAAGCAGGGCAGUGUAGUUUCACUCCAAAAGCUCUGGAAACACUGGGACAAUUUAAAACAGAUCUAAAUAAUCUGAAAGACAAACUGAGUGAUAAGGACAUCAGGCAGUGGCAUGAACACACAAAUUUUACCAAUUUGGCAGGUGGAGUAAUUCAAGCAUGCAAACAGAGAUUCCGUCCAGAAUUGUGUACUCAGGCGUGGUGUAAAUUUUAUGAGAUAGUCUCAGUGUUUCCUCUUGUUUGUCUACAAAAAGAGACUCUGGUGUCUGUUCAUCUGUGUGAAGCUCCAGGGGCUUUUGUCACCAGCUUUAACCACUACCUCUCUAGUCAAGGCUUCUCAGGGAGUUGGGUUUGGAGAGCCACAACUCUGAAUCCCUACUACGAGGGAAACUCUCUGGGCCAAAUGAUUGACGAUGACAGAUUUCUGCGUCACAGUUUGGAAUACUGGAACUUUGGGGUGGAUAACACAGGAGACCUCUUCAAUCCCGCUAAUCAGACAUCUCUCAAAACCAAUGUAGAGAAGCUUGGUGAAGUCCAUUUGGUGACAGCUGAUGGCAGUAUAGACUGUCAGAACAUGCCUUCUGAACAAGAAAAAGUUGUCUCCCCUUUACAUUAUUGUGAGACCCUAAUGGCUCUUCAUCUACUGGCAGAGGGAGGCUCGUUUGUGAUUAAACUGUUCACAAUGUUUGAGGAGGCCACUGUCUGGUUGAUGUACAUACUUAACUGUACUUUCAAGCAGGUGCACGUCUUCAAGCCAGCCACCAGCAAGUCUGGUAACUCAGAGGUGUACGUGGUGUGUCUACAGUACCGUGGUAGAGACAACGUCCCAGCAGACCUCUGUCACUUCCUCUACUGUCAUAUGGAUCAAAGCGGGAUUCCUAAGACACAGAUGAAGUUGCAGCUGCCGCAGAGUUUCCUUUUACAACAUAUACAGUGUUGCCAGAAAUUUAUGACUUACCAGGGAAGCACAAUUGAGAGAAACUUGUCACUUUUCGGCGCAAUGACGGAGGAUCUAACGGCUGCCAUCCGAUGCCUGAAAGACUACUGUACAGAGUCUUACAUAGAGAAGUACCAGCUCCAGCAAAUCUGUUUCUAUGACAAGGUUGGAAAAUAUCCCAAAAAGAGGAGUGUUGGAUGGCCUAAAGGGCUAUUUCAGAGAGAUCCAGGUCCUCACAAGAGAGAAGGGACAUUCAGAGAUAGGCACUCCCAGUCUCAGAUACCAUGGUUACAGAGACUGGAGAACUUACCAACCAAUCAAUAUCAAGAACAAACUCCUCCCAAAGAAAUUCUGGGACAUAUUGUAGAGCAUGAUGAGAAUCCGCAUUUGGGGGUUUACGGGAUUUCUGUGACCAGAGGGAGGCCGUUGUCGAGGAUACAGAGUUCACGUUUCUGUGACAACACACUUUUGUCUGAACUGUGGGAUAUUUCACCUCAUGUACAGCUCAAGGAACAUAGAACAAAUUUGAAAGCAGAUCUGGUGAAACAAAGUUCCAAGGUACUGGAGAGUAUUCUGACGAGUCUGUAUCCUGACCUCCUGACCUCUGUUCUUCAUGUCCUUGACCUCUCCAAGUGGUCAUUUCCUUAUCUUCAAUGUGUUCAGGACAAAUAUGGACCAGCACGUAUACAGAUAAUGACAUCUCCUCCUCAGGGUGUCAGUCCAUUACUUGUUUACAUAGAUGUAACCUGCGCAGGAGAUUGUGAAGAGCCGUUAAUGGAGGAAGUGUCAGUCCAGGCUAGGUUGACAGAAAGUAUAUGUGAAAUAUUCACUAUAUUGCCACGUGGCUCUACCGUUGUCUUUCAUCUUUAUACAGUACUAACAAGGUACACAGCUGGACUGUUGUACCUGUUAUACUACAGUUUUGAAAAGGUAGCCAUUGAAUGCACAGGAUCGCUAAUGGCAGAUCUGUUUGUGGUCUGUCAAAGGUUUGAGGGUUGUCUCCCCUGGUAUGUGGAACACCUCACUAACUGUCUCAAACAGGAGAUCCACAGUGAAAAUACCGGAGUUCUGGAAGUGAUACCCAUUACAGACAUUUUAUCUGCUGACAAGUUCGUGAGUUUUUUAAAGACGUCAAAUGACCGUUGCCUCCAGUCUUUCAUCAGCAGCAUCAUCCGUGAAGAGAAGAGACGUUAUGGUCUGCUUAAUCAUGUGACUUGACAGAUGGACCCGUAUUUCUAGAGUCAUGUCUGUGAUACACCACUUGCUGUGUUUGAUCCAAAAUUCACCCAUCACAAAUUUACUAUUGAGGAUCAUAGUCAUGUUUGGAAGAUGUCUUGAGGUUUGUCUGAGAAAUAAGAUGAUGUUUUGGUGGGAAAUAAAAGUAACACAGGUAAUACUUUAUAGCCUUCAUUUUUUUUUUGGCCCCGAAAAAUGCCUUUUGUCACUAAAAAUGAUUUUUGUGUGUGAAAUUUUAGGUCAAAUACAGUAAUUAAUUUCUCUUUGACUGAUGGUGAUUUAUUUUGUUGGGAGUGUUGUAUGGUGCUUUAGUCUGAAAUGAAUGUUCUGCAAACUUAUUAUUAUAGAUCCAAAUCUUAAAGUUUCCAUCGUAUGUUGAAUGAGGCUCUAAAAUAUAUAAGUAGUCAGUGACUUUGUAUAUGUGCAUAUUCCCUGUUGUGAUUGUCAUAAAAUUGUUUAACCUAUGUGUUACACGUUCAGAUAUUUUUAACCAACAGAAAUGUUUUUUAAACGCCUCUUAAAAGAGCAGCCCUCAACAUUUAUAUAUCUGUGCCUUUUAUGAAGUGGGAAGACAGAACCAAUGUAUAUGUGUUGCUUGAGUGUUAGCUACACUAAUUCUUGUGUGUCAAUAUUUUAUUUGCUAGAAUAAAAGACUACCAAAACUAUGCAUAAAUGGACAUAGUAUUGAUAAAUUUCUUAUGUUGCUGUUGAUAUCAAAUUUAUUACAGUUUGUAAAAGGCGUUUAUUUUCUCUUCAUGAUAAGCACAAAGACCAUUUUUGCCAUGGUUAGUUUUACACUUGGUCUUGAGAUUCAAGACAGCUUACUGUAAGUGUUCAACUUUUUUGCAUGUUUGCAAGGCCAAAAUUAUAAAUUAUAAGCCAAAUCAAAUUAUAAGUGUGCAUAAAUUGCACUGAAAGCUGCUGUUUUGUAUGUGAAAAGGUUGAGGAAUUACAGUAUCUUUGUUUGGCCUUUAAUAGUUUGCAAUGAAACAUGCAACUUUCAACUCCCGUCUGUCCUAUUAAAUCUAUUACCAAUUUAAUCUGACCAUAUUUGACCAUAUCCUAUAGAGUGAGUGAGUGCUUGGGGUUUAACGUCGUACUCAACAAUUUUUCAGUCGUAUGACGACGAGGGAAUCUUUAGGGUGUAUGUAAUGUGCCUCUUUGUCGCAGGGCGGAUUUCCACAGCACUUUUAUCUAAUGCUGCUUUGCCGAGAUGCCCCGCCCGAGCCAUUAUACUGAUACGGUCAACCAGUCAUUUCCCUAUCCUCUUCAUACUGAACGCCAAGCGAGGAAGUUACAACUUCCUCUUUUAAAGUCUUAGGUGUUACAUGACCCAGGUAUAGGUCUUAAGUUAAUUUCAUCAUCAUCAAAACAGAUGAGUACUGUGUAGGUAAAAAAAAAAAGGGUUUUUGGGUUACAAGGGCUGUUUUGUUUCACACGAUAUAUGUUGUUGUCAUGUUUUAUUAUUUACUGAUCAACAGUGUAAAACUAGUUGCUGACUUCAAAGAUCACACUACUUAGAAUAGUUGACAGUAAACAAUGUCACCCAAGGUAUUCUCCCCACACUGUACUCCAUGAUUUAGCCCAGUGGAAGAGAUUCUUAUCUCUUAGGUUCCGCCUCAAUCCUGACGUUGGACAGACCAUUUGUGGUUUUCCCUAGCCUAGGUCUCACUGUGACAAUAAGUGUUUGCUGAUACUCAUGUGGCUGUUUGCCCAGUCUAAUGUCAGUUACAGAUCCAUGAUUUAGCCCAGUGGAAGAGAUUCUUAUCUCUUAGGUUCCAGCUCAAUCCUGACGUUGGACAGACAAUUUGUGGUUUUCCCUAGCCUAGGUCUCACUGUGACAAUAAGUGUUUGCUGAUACUCAUGUGGCUGUUUGCCCAGUCUAAUGUCAGUUACAGAUCACGUCAUUUCAGCAGUAUAAUGUGCAUAUUUAUGCAGUAUUCAGUACCUUAUAAAAGGAAAGUGGGUUAAUCUCGGCACUUGUUUUAUUUCGCCAAUAACACCGACCAGCUUCGUGUUGUUAAAUUUAUGUGAAUUUUAAUGUUAAUGGGAAACUUGACGUAGUCACUAAAAGUUUAUUUUAGGCUUGAAUUGUAGGCCUACAUCCCGUCAUGAGUUUUAGUGAUUUACUUUUAAAUUACCGGGAGAUUUUAGUAGUCAACAACUUUUAAAGUCAUGAAAUGAUUGUGAAGUUUAAGGUUUUUUUGCAA